GGUCCCAGCACAGCGACAGAGGCGGACAUGAGGCUGGCAGGCCCCUUCCGGAUCGUGGCCUUGAUUGUCACUGCCGGCCUCACCUGGAUUGUAAUCAGCACCUUCCUGGGCGGCCCGGGCAGCGGCUUUCCGCGCAUCCAACAGCUCUUCACCAGCCCAGAAAACUCAGUGACUGCAGAGCCACGGGCCAGGAAAUAUAAGUGUGGGCUGCCCCAGCCGUGUCCCGAGGAGCACCUAGCCUUCCGCAUGGUCAGUGGGGCUGCCAACGUCAUUGGGCCCAAGAUCUGCCUCGAGGACAAGAUGCUCAUGAGCAGCGUCAAGGACAAUGUUGGGCGUGGGCUGAACAUCGCCCUAGUGAACGGGGUCAGUGGGGAGCUCAUCGAGGCCAGGGCUUUUGACAUGUGGGCUGGAGAUGUCAACGACCUGCUCAAGUUCAUUCGGCCACUGCACGAAGGCACCUUGGUGUUCGUGGCUUCCUAUGAUGACCCCGCUACCAAGAUGAACGAGGAGACCAGGAGGCUUUUUGGUGAGCUGGGCAGCCGCAGUGCCAGGGAGCUGGCCUUCCGUGACAGCUGGGUGUUCGUGGGGGCCAAGGGCGUGCAAGACAAGAGCCCCUUUGAGCAGCAUGUCAAGAACAGCAGGCACACCAAUAAGUACGAGGGCUGGCCUGAGGCGCUCGAGAUGGAAGGCUGCGUCCCGCGAAGGAACGCAGCUGGCUAGC